AUGCGGGCCUCGUUCCCGCCAUUGAGCCGCGGCGCCCGCACGCUCGCCUCCGAGGCCGGCAGACGCAGCUACGACGCUGUGGUCUGCGGCGCCGGCAUCGCUGGUGUCUCGUGCGCGCACUACCUCGCGCGCAGCGGCGCCUCGGUGCUGCUCGUCGACAGCCGGCCGCCGCUCUCCCACACCUCCUCGCUCUCGACCGAGUGCUACCGCAACUUCUUCCCCGGAUCGGUCCCGCUGACGGCCUUCAUGCAGCGCUCGGUCGACCUGCUCGAGGCGCGGGCCGCCGAGUGCGACAACGCGUUCGGGCUCAACCGGCGAGGGUACUGGUUCCUCUCGGCGAGCGAGGAGGGCGCAGCGCAGCACGCCCUCGCCCUCUCCGACCCGGGCCUCGCCAGCUGCGGCGGAGUGAGCCACUUUAGCGACGCCUCGCACGGACUGCGGUGGAUGUCGGCCCAGCAGAUGGGCAUGGAGCUCCUCUCCAAGGCGCGCGACGCGGGCGCCGCCACGCUGAUCCCCUCCUCGCUGCAAGGCGUUCGCACCGCGUCCGACGGCAAGGUCGAGGCGGCGCUGCUGUCGGUGCCCGGCGAGUCGGAGCCGCUGGAGGCGGUGCUGCGGGACGACCUCUCCGCGGCGAUCCACGCGGAUGUGGCGGUGCCGCGGGAGCCGCCCGAGGAGGCGGAGCUGCGCGGUUCGCUGUUCGCCGAGCUCACCUUGCGGGCGCUGUCGCGUGCAGUGCCGGCGCUCGGGGGCUACUUGGGCGAGGACGGCUCGAUGACGGCAAACGUGUCGGUGGGGGGCGGCGGCGGCGGCCCAGAGGGCGCGGGGGGAGGAGGGCCGCGAGGAGCUUACGUGUGCGCGGGGCUGUCUGGGUAUGGCAUCAUGGCCGCCAACGCCGCGGGCGAGCUGCUGGCCAAGCACGCGUACGCGGCGGGCUUCCUGCCCGACCGGUGGGAGACCGAAGAGUACCGGCGCGGCGUGGAGAGCGGCCCCGUCGGCAAGGGCUUCCAGAUCUGA